AAGGCACCAUGCCUAAGUGCCAAAAAUGCAAGUAUCAUCAUGAUGGAGCUUGUCGCAUUCCAAGGUGCGACAAAUGUGGUAGAUUGGGUCAUCGAACAGAAGACUGUUGGAGUAAGGGAAAGAAUCAAAAUGGAAACGGUGCUGGUAACAAGAAUGAUAACGGGAAAGGGCGAAACCAAGGAUGCUUCAAGUGUGGAAGCAACGAUCAUUUCAUGAGAGACUGCCCAAAGAAAGACAAUGCUCAGGCUCGGGCAUUUGUGAUUGAAGCAAAGAACGCACGCGAAGACCCUAACGUGGUCACCGGUAACUAGGAUGGAUGUGCGCGUGGUCUCUCUUAAGCUCG